AUGCACCUCCUCAACCUCACGCUGCAGCCGGCGACGGCCGUGUCGGGCGCGACCGUUGGGUCUUUCUCUGGAGCGAAAGGACAGGAGAUAUUGGUGGUACGGGGAGGAACCAGACUGGAGAUGCUGAAGCUGAACACGUCGAGUGGGCAAUUGGACACCUUGUGUACGACUGAGGCUUUUGGUGUGGUUCGGAAUGUCCAGGGCUUCAGAUUAGCAGGAAUGACCAAGGACUACAUUCUUAUUUCUUCUGACUCUGGCAAGCUGUCCAUCAUCGAGUUUGUCGUCCAGCCAACACCGCACUUUGAGAGUCUGUAUCAGGAGACAUACGGGAAGACUGGAUCGCGACGUAUCGUACCAGGUCAAUUUCUCGCUGUCGACCCCAAAGGUCGUUCAUGUCUCCUCGGAUCGAUGGAACGCACCAAGCUCGUCUAUGUCCUGAACCGAAAUGCCGAGGGCAAGCUCUUCCCUUCAUCCCCACUCGAAGCGCACAAGGCGCAUACUCUCGUCACGCACAUCAUUGCCGUGGAUCAGGGGUACGACAAUCCGCUGUACGCGGCGCUGGAGAUGGACUAUUCGGAUAGCGAUGAGGAUCCGACGGGAGAAGCUUAUGAAAAGGUCGAGAAGUACUUGACUUUCUACGAGCUGGACUUAGGGUUGAACCACGUCGUGCGGAAAUGGAGCGAGCCGACGGACAGAAGAGCGAAUAUGCUUUUACAAGUACCUGGAGGUCAAAAUGCCAACACCGACAAGUUCGACGGUCCUUCCGGCGUGUUAGUCUGCUGCGAAGACCACAUCAUCUGGAAACACAUGGACGCGGACGCACACCGCAUCCCUAUCCCGCGGAGACGGAAUCCGCUCGCCCAGAGAGGAGAAAGCAGUAGAGGGAACAUCAUCGUCGCUGCCGUCAUGCACAAGAUCAGGGGAGCAUUCUUCUUCCUGCUGCAAUCAGAAGAUGGAGAUCUGUUCAAGGUGACGAUCGAGCAUGAGAAUGAGGACGUCAGAGCGGUACGGAUAAAGUACUUUGACACCGUACCUGUAUCGACCAGUCUUUGUAUCCUGAAGUCCGGUUACCUCUUCGCGGCAAGCGAGUUCAGCGACCAAAACCUCUACCAGUUCCAAAAGCUCGGUGAAGACGACGACGAGCAAGUCUGGUCAUCAACCGAUUAUCCCGAAAACGGCAACGAACGCGGAGCCCUCCCUUACGCCUUCUUCACCCCUCGACCCCUCGAAAACCUUCUUCUCGUCGAUACCCUCACAUCCCUCGACCCUAUCUGCGACGCCAAGGUCGUUAAUCUUCUUGGAGCCAGCUCGGAUACGCCUCAGAUAUAUGCGGCAUGUGGAAAGGGCGGGCGGAGUACUUUCCGGACGUUAAAGCAUGGUCUGGACGUCAGUCCUUUGGUGGCGAGUCCACUGCCGGGUGUGCCGACCGCGGUAUGGACUCUGAAGCUGAAGGAAGAUGACGAGUUUGACGCUUAUAUCGUCCUCUCCUUCCCCAACGGUACCCUCGUCCUCUCCAUCGGUGAAUCCAUCGAAGAAGUGAGCGACACCGGCUUCCUCUCCUCCUCGCCCACUCUCGCAGUCCAGCAACUAGGAGACGACGGACUUCUUCAGGUCCAUCCUUACGGUCUGCGGCAUAUCCGCGCGGCUGACCGAGUGGACGAGUGGUCUUGCCCUCCUGGAACGACCAUUGUCUCGGCCACCACAAACAGGCGGCAGGUGGUCAUUGCGCUGAGUACGGCUGAGAUUGUGUAUUUCGAGCUGGAUCCGGAAGGGAGUUUGGCGGAGUUCCAGGAUAAGAAGAGUUUGCCGGGGAACGCGACGGCGAUCAGUAUCGCGGAGGUUCCGGAGGGAAGGAGGAGGACGCCGUAUCUUGCUGUCGGAUGCGACAACCAGACCGUGCACAUCAUCUCCCUCGAACCCGACAACACCCUCGAAACACUCUCCCUCCAGGCCCUGACCGCGCCUCCAUCCGCCAUCUGUCUCGCCGAGAUAUUCGACAUUUCGAUCGACAAGAACCGCCCUACCAUGUUCCUCAACAUCGGCCUGAUCAACGGUGUUCUUCUCCGUACCGUGGUCGACCCAGUCGACGGCUCAUUAUCGGAUACCCGUCAACGAUUCCUCGGUGCCAAGCCGCCCAAAAUCGUCCGUACGACAGUGCACGGCUCGCCGUCCGUCAUGGCCUUCAGCUCCCGCUCGUGGUUGCUCUACACAUAUCAGGACAUGCUGCAGACCCAGCCGCUGAUUUACGAUAUGCUGGAGUAUGCGUGUACGUUGAACGCGGCGAUGUGCCCGGAGGGAUUGAUUGGGAUUUCGGGGAACACGCUACGGAUAUUCACCAUUCCGAAGCUGGGCGAAAAGCUCAAGCAAGAUCUCACACCCUUAUCUUGCACUCCUCGAAAGUUCGUCAGCUACCCCUACGCCAACAUCUUUUACCUCAUCGAAUCGGAACACCGGACAUACGGCUCAGCAGCUGUCAAGCGGAUCAUACAGGAGAAGGAGGCCAACGGAGAUCGUGUGGACCGGAAGAUGCUGGAUCUGCCCGCGAACGAGUUUGGGCGUGUGCGCGCUGGGGCUGGAAAGUGGGCUAGUCUGAUCAGAGUACUGGAUCCAGUCCUGAACGAAUCAAUAAUGACCCUAGAGCUAGACGAGGACGAGGCGGCCUUUUCAGUCACAAUAGCCUACUUUGAGCGGAUGGGCGGCGAGCCAACACUCGUGGUCUCUACGGCAGUACAAACGACGCUUAUCCCUCGCGCAUGUAAGGAGGGAUGGCUGAGGGUAUAUGCUAUCCGGGACGGAGGCCGGACACUGGAGUUCAUGCACAAGACAAAGACGGAUGAUAUCCCGAUGUGCGUCGCUGGGUUCCAGGGCUAUCUGCUGGCUGGGAUCGGAAAGUCAUUACGGCUGUACGAGAUGGGAAAGAAGGCGCUCCUGCGGAAAUGCGAGAAUACCAGCUUCCCCACUUGCGUCUCCACCAUCAACGUCACUGGCGCCCGAAUCAUCGUCGGCGACAUGCAAGAAUCGACCUUCUACUGCGUCUACCGCUCCAUCCCAUCCCGCCAGCUCCUCAUCUUUGCAGACGACUCGCAGCCCCGCUGGCUCACCUGCGUCACCGACGUCGACUACGAGACGGUCGCGUGUGGCGACAAGUUUGGGAAUAUCUUUAUUAACCGGAUCAACAGCCAUGUGUCGGAGAAGGUGGAUGAUGAUCCGACAGGCGCGGGAAUUCUGCACGAGAGGGGAUUCUUGAUGGGUGCGGCGCACAAGUCGGAUCUGAUUGCGCAUUAUAAUGUCGGGAGCAUCGUCACUUCUAUAACCAAGAUCGCAUUGGUGGCGGGAGGGAAGGAUGUUCUCGUCUACACGACCAUCUCUGGCGCUGUCGGCGCGCUCGUUCCUUUCGCAUCCAUGGACGAUGUUGAGGUCAUGACUACUUUGGAGAUGCAUAUGCGCGCAGCCAAUGUCUCCCUCGUUGGCCGAGACCACCUCGCGUACCGCGGAUACUAUGCGCCAGUGAUGGGCGUAGUCGAUGGAGAUUUGUGCGAGGGGUUCAGUUCGUUGCCUUAUUCGCAACAGCAGAGUAUUGCGGGCGAUCUGGAGAGGAAUGUGGGUGAGGUGUUGAAGAAGCUGGAGCAGAUGAGGACUAGCAGUGCGUUCUAG